AGGAUUGAAGAUGGACCCCAGUCAAAAUCACACUAAUGUUUUUAUCAACAAACGCAUGUACAUGAUAGGUGGCUAUUUAACUAAAGAAGGUGUGCUCACUCCACGAGGAGACGUUCUGAUGUAUGAUAAGAGGUGUUCCACAUGGAAACCUGCCGCGCCCCUCCUAACCGCAAGAAUGUAUCACUGCUUAUGUGUCAUCAACGGCCAGAUUUAUGCCCUGGGUGGAAUAGGAGAAGACCACAGUAUUCUCAAUUCAGUGGAGUGUUACAAUCCAUCCUUUAACUGCUGGUACUUUGUCAAGGCAAUGACGGAAGGGGGGAUGGGCGCAUGCGCGGCAGAAUUUGGCGGACAACUUUAUAUCGCUGGUGGUUAUGGUGUUUCAAUGGGAAAAUCAGAACCAUUUUCAAUUUUGAACAGUGUAGAAUGUUUUCAUCCCCAUUCGAACAAGUUGACACCGAAACUAAAUAUGCGCUACGGUCGUUGUUAUGCCAGUCUUGUGUCUGUUGACCAGUCUUUAUACUUAUGUGGAGGUUAUGCAAUCAACCCGAGAUCACAUGACCAUUAGCUGUCAAGCGUGAGUGAUAUAGAUGAUUACAACAUCGCAAACGAUACAUGGUAUUACAGGAAUCGGUUGUACACAGAUAGACAUGAUGCGGCUUGUUUUAUGUCUGCAUGGUAAAUAUACGUAGUAGGUGGGAUAUCGUCACAGCUAGACCACGCCCUGAGUGACGUAGAAUGUUUUGAUCCACAAAGAAUCUAUACAUCAGAGGAAAUACCUUUCCAAGUCCGCUGGAUCCAAUAUGCAGUUUCCAAAAGAUAA